AUGGGUGUUGCAAACGACAAGUCUCUGGCUUGGGGUGUUGCCAAAAAACUUUCAGAACAAGGCGCAGAGCUUGCUUUUACUUAUCAGGGCGAUGCCCUCAAAAAACGUGUCACCCCUUUGGCAGAAAGUAUCGGAUCUGAUAUUUUGUUGCCUUGUGACGUAACCCGAGACGAAGAAAUUGACAACACCUUUAAUACUCUUAAAAAACGCUGGGGAUCUUUAGAUUUUGUCGUUCAUGCCAUUGGUUUUUCUGAUAAAGAAGAACUGAGAGGACAAUACAUGAUGACCAGCCGAGAAAACUUCUCUCGGACCUUGGAUAUUUCUUGCUAUUCUUUCACAGCGGUUGCUCGCCGCGCCAGUGAGAUGAUGAAUCCAGGGGGAAGCUUAAUCACACUGACCUAUUAUGGCGCAGAACGCGUAAUGCCACACUAUAAUGUCAUGGGAGUCGCCAAAGCAGCUCUCGAAGCCAGU